AUGACUAAUGUUAGUUACUUGCCAAUGUAUGCAACAUCCGAGGAUACGGUUUCAACCCCUCCACCUACCAUCUCUAAUGAAAUGCCAUCUCCUCACACUAAGAAGCGAAAGAAUCGUUCAGAGGCUUGGAAUCAUUUCAUUAUAUCGCCAAAAGAAGAACAAAAAGCUUUGUGCAAGUACUGUGACAUAAAAAUUAAGUAUAAUAAUGGAACUAGUUCCAUGCAUGCUCAUUUAUCGAGAUGCCUUAUUUACAAGAGACAAAGGACAUCAUCUUCUAUGACAAGUGUUGAAGAACAUGUUGGCUCUCCUUUAAUUGUCAAUUUGACCAAGAAGAUAUUCGAAGAGCAAUGGUUAAGAUGUUCAUUAACAUGGAGAUUCCUUUUCAGAAGGUCAAACAUGAGUCUUUUCAUGAAUUUAUGA